GUUUAGAAUUGAAAGAACAAUAUUGUUGAUCUUUUAGGGCAUAUAAAGAGCAUCCUGAGGCGCAGCUUCUCAGUACGAUUCUGUUUUUGGUCGAAGUUCUGCACCACCCGUGUUUGAUCAUCUGAAAUUUACUUGAAAACUAGACGAUGUUUAUGACGCAAUGGAAAACAGCCUUAGUAGUGGCAUUGGUAUUAACCUUGAAUUUCGAGAUGGUUCCUGCUUUCCCAAAAUCUCAGAUUCUAUGGUUUGACGUCGGACCACAAAUUCGUAACUGCCGAGAUGUACAAAGACAAGGCAACACCACUAGUGGAAUCUACAUGAUUUUCCCCUACAAAUGUUGUCCUGAUGUCCCUCUUCAGGUCUUCUGUGACAUGGAGACAGAUGGUGGUGGAUGGACUGUCAUUCAACGUCGGGAUGACAUUGAACCAAGAGAAGACUUCUAUCGUACCUGGAUGCAAUAUGCCCUUGGCUUUGGUAACUUGAAGGGAGAAUUCUGGUUAGGAAAUGACAACAUCCACGCCUUAACGGAUCAGACGCUGAAUGAAAUAAGAUUCGAUUUAGCUGACUUUAAGGACAAUACAAGAUGGGCCAAUUACAAGUUCUUCUAUGUCCACGACCGAAGUUCGUCUUACAAACUGGAGGUUGUGGAAUUCAGUGGAGAUGCUGGUGAUGCCUUUACAACCCACAGUGGAGCGACGUUUUCGGCUAAAGACAUCGAUAACGAUGCACAUCCUACAGAAAGCUGUUCAGUUGUGUACAAAGGGGCCUGGUGGUACACGUCUUGCCAUGCAUCAAACCUUAAUGGGAAGUAUCUCUCUGGAAACCACACAUCCUAUGCCGAUGGGGUAAACUGGUCCGGAUGGCUUGGUCAUUAUUACUCUCUUAAGAAGACAGAGAUGAAAAUUAGACCUGUUUAUUAAGACUUGGAUUUUUCUUCUCGACAUAUUCAUCUAAAGGACAGAUAGCAGAAACUACUACCAUUAAUCUUCAUUUCGCUUAGCUCUUCUAACAUGUGCGUGCUAAAGAACAAAAAAAUAUCGUAUGAAGACAAGUAGACAUUAAUUCACAAAAGGUAUUCCUUUCGCCUUACUAAAAGUAGAGGAUAAAUAGGUUCUAGCAGUCAGUUACAUUUAUAGAAUAAUAGCAGACAUUUCUGUUAAAAUACAAUAAAAAAAAUCUACCCAUCUUUUCCCAAAACCUGUAAUGUUAUGAUGUGAAAGUUUACUUUUUAACUCAAGUAGCACAGACAAAACGUAUUAAUGCUGAUAAUAGUAAUGAUUAUUGUGAAAAUAAUAUGACCUAGAAACAUUAUUUUAAUAUAAUAAAGAGAAGGGAAAUUA